GGUCCUCUUCUAUCCAUUGGCUGGCCGGCUCAAAGGUCCUGAGACACCGAUUUAUUCAGUCGUAUGGAUCCUUAUGUUCUGAUUCAAUACAAAGGCCAAGAGCGCAAGAGCAGCGUGGCCAGAGAGCAAGGCAGCAGUCCGGUGUGGAACGAGAGAUUUACAUUCAGGGCAGAGUAUCCAGGGUCAGGGGAGCAGUACAAGGUCACCCUCAAAAUCAUGGAUAAAGACACCUUCACUGCUGAUGACUAUAUAGGAGAAGCAACGCACUUCUUGCCUCAAGAACUUCACCACUGCUGCGGCCGUCAGAUUCUUGUUUCCAAACAGUUGGCUUGUGAUCUUUCUUUGAGCAAAUAAUGAAAUUCGAAGACUUUCUGAUGCAGAGAAGCGAGGAGAAACAGAAAAGACUCGAUCUUGAGGAAGAGGUUAUGAAAUUACAAGCAGAGUUAGAUGGACAACAAACACUAAACAGGUUUUUGCAUUGCGCUCUUCAUGGACCUCUGCUGUCACAUCCAUGCCUUUUAUCAUUGCUUCCACCUCAGGUUCAGGUGCUAUUUUCAGAGCUGGCAAUGGUGGAAGAAGAGAUUAGUAGGCUGGAAAGAAGAGUUGAAGAGCUGAAAUUGAGGUUGUACCAAGAGAGGGAACAGACCAAAGAAUGGGAAGUGCAGAGGAGGCAAGGGCAACAGAAUCACUUUCUGUGCAGAGUGGGAAAUCAGUCAGUGCUCAAUGAAGAGAGCUGUAGUAGAUCCCAGAACUAUGAGGCAUUGAGAAAAGAAAGAAGGAUGAAGAAUAGAAGAGCCUCUGUGGAUUCUGCAUCAGAUUUCCAAAGGUGGAAUUUCCCAAAGUCAGAUGGAGAAAUUGCUGAAAUGUCAAGGAAGCUAAGUGGGAGAAGCAGAAACCAGGGCAAUGUGGAUAUUAAUGAAACUGGGAUUAGUCUGAAACCAAAUGAACUCUCAGAAGAAGUGCUCAAGUGCCUUAUAGGCAUAUUUCUUGACCUAAAACAGACGUCAUUGGACAAAGAGGGAUCAUCUGUUGUCCCAAAGCUAACUCUCUCCUGCAUGAACUCAAAAGGGUUCAUGGCAAAAACCUCAUUCAACUGCAAAUCAUCCACAGUAUUCUUCAACUACAACACAUCCAAUGUUGACCCUUACUGCAUAUUACCGGAUAUAGAUGGCGCUGUCCGGGACGUUGGCCCGUACAAGAACUUCAUCCAAAUCACAAGAAGCUCAUUAGACGUCAGCCGCUUAUCAGACUGUUUGACUGGAAUUGGAAAAUUGAGGAAGUUGAUGCAUCAAUUGUGUGAUGUGGACUUGACUUUCUUGACCUACAAGCAGAAGCUAGCGUUCUGGAUCAACAUCUACAAUGCCUGCAUCAUGCAUGCAUUUCUGGAACAUGGGCUGCCUUCCACGCAGGAGAAGCUACUGGCGCUAAUGAACAAGGCUGCAUUGAACGUGGGAGGCAUAGUGUUGAAUGCUCUGGCGAUCGAGCAUUUCAUACUCCGCCAUACAUCUGAAUCGAAACAUGGGCCUGCGUAUGAGAAAGAAAUGCUACUAAGACAUGCCUACGGUCUCGGAUACCCGGAACCUAAUGUGACAUUUGCUCUUUGUCGAGGCAGUUGGUCCUCACCAGCAUUAAGGGUCUAUACCCCAGACGACAUAGUUAACGAGUUGGAGAGAGCAAAAGUGGAGUACUUAGAAGCUUCAGUUGGAGUUACAAGCAAGAAGAAAAUUCUGGUGCCAAAGCUUCUACAAUGGCACAUGCUUGAUUUCGCUGACAGUAUGGAAUCGUUGCUGGAAUGGAUUUACAGCCAAUUGCCACGCUCUGCUUCACUGAAAAGAUUGAUAAUGCAGUGCUUGAAUGGGGAAACAAAGUCUCCGAUAAACAAAAUGGUAGAAGUCCAACCUCAUGAAUCAGAGUUCCGGUACUUGCUGCCAUUGUGAAACAGAUGACAAGAAUCACAGAAGGUUUUGAUCUAGAUGGAUUUGAAUUAUUUACAUGAACUUUUG